AUGCAUCUUCAUGAAAAAAAGCACUCUUUGGCCAAAGUCUAUGAGGGAACUUUACGAACGGGGGUUGAAGAGUUAACUAUCCGCGGUUAUCCAUCCACUUUGGCUAUGGGUUUACUGGUUGAUAAGGUGACUAGUGAAAUUUACGAGAAUUUAAUUCAAGUUGGGCAAACCAACGCUAAAUUUUAUCGUGAAUUUCUCCAAAUAAAAAAAGAGUAUUUUGGUUUAAUUAAAUUUUACGCAACUGAUGCGAGUUUAAAAAUAGCUCAACCGCCUAAGCAUAAAUUCACAGUUGACGAAGCAGUGGUUUUAAUUAAAAAAGUUCUCAAAAUUUUGGGUCCAGAAUACCAAGCAAAAUUAAUUUGGGCUCUGCGACCGGGAAGAAUUGAUUAUUACGAAGACACUAACAAACGCGAAGGAGCCUAUUCUUCGGGUCAUUCAGUCCAUACUUUAUUGGCUGAGCAAAACCAAGCUUACCCUAAUGCUCGUUAUCCUAUUAUUUUAGCAGAAAUAGCUUCUACCCUUAAUGAGCAUUUACUUUUUGAUUAUCUUUACCAAAACAGCCAAACUAAAACAGAGAAAAUUUAUUUGUUACAAAACCGAAUUGAAGAAAUUAUGGCAGAAAAAAAUAUUCCGCUCCACGCCGACAAAUUGGCCGACUUAUUUCACAAAAUCAAUGUAGAAUUCGGUGCAGAUGUUCUCGACCAAAAAGCACCUGACAAAAAAAAUUAUGCUUGA